AUGCUCAAGCCCUUCUUUCUCAUUGGCUCCACAAUCACCGCAUUUGCCUUUAUCGGUACCGUCUGCUCUGUGCAUUUUGCGCGCUAUGACCACCGCAUGUAUGGAAUCGACGAUCUGUGGCAUAGAAAGUGCCUUUCGGUGGUGGCCAUGAUCUCCGGUGUGGUGGCUGGUGCAGGCCUCGUCCUACUGGGUAUCAUGGAUACUUACCGGUACCACCAGGAGCAUCACAUUCUGCUGUUGAUCUGCUUCUCUGGUUUGGCGCUUUCCGCUCUCACCACGACGAUAGUAUACUUCGACCAGACCGUCAAGCCAUCCAAGUUCAGGCAAUUGAAAUUCUACUGCGCAUUCAGCGCCUUCAUCGUCUUCCUGGAGGUGGUAAUGGGCCUCACUUUUGUUGGCCUCAUGUACACCGAACACUGGCGACUUGCGGGUAUUUUCGAGUGGAUCCUUGCUUUCCUCGGAUGCUUCUACAUGCUUGCCUUCAUUGGCUUUGUGGCUGUCCCUGUGCCGCGAGAAGAGGUAGAGGCGGGAGAGAGAAGGCCGCUGCUCCAGGAAUCGGCCGAGGUCCCAACAUGA